GGAGAGAUGGAGCCUCUUUAUCAGCUACUGAUCAAACCUCUUAGCUUAGCCAUGACAAUCCUUCUCAGCUUCGUGCUCUGGAAAGCAUUCUUCAUAUGCUGGGUUCUGCCCACUCGAGCAUAUAAUAAGCUCCGAAAGAGUGGUUUCGGAGGUCCCAUUCCAUGUUUUCCUCUGGGGAACAUCAGAGAAAUGACGAUGACCAAGAAGAAGAUUCGCUCUUCUUCACCUUCUUUGGAAUACAUCAGCCAUGAUAUCUACCCAAUUAUUUUUCCCUAUUUUUCUCAGUGGAGAGAAUUACACGGAAAAGUUUUCGUCUAUUGGCUUGGCAUUGAGCCAUUCUUAUAUAUUGCAGAUCCUGAGUUUCUAACACAGAUGUCUUCAGGCGUUAUAGGCAAGAAGUGGGGAAAGCCUAAUGUGUUUAAACAGGACAGGAAACCCUUGUUUGGAAAUGGACUUCUUAUGGUGGAAGGAGAUAACUGGGUUCACCACAGGCACACUAUAACACCUGUAUUCUUGCCAAACAACUUGAAGGCUAUGGGAAGCAUGAUGGUGGAGUCUGCCACUAAGAUGAUCGACCGGUGGACUAGUCUCAUCGCUUCCGGCGAGCCAGAAAUCUAUGUCGAGAAAGACAUCAUGAGAACAUAUUCAGAGAUCAUAGCUAGGGCAGCCUUCGGCGUCGACUACCGAAUCAGCCAGGAAGUGUUCACGAAAUUGAGAGCCAUGCACCUUACUCUUUUCAAGUCGAAUCGCUUGGUGGGAGUUCCCUUCAACAAUAUCGUAUACCUCAAGCAGACCAUAGAGUUGAUCAAAUUAUCCAAGGAUGUCGACCAACUGCUCUUAUCGAUGAUAACUAAUCGGAAGAUGUCUGUGGUGGAUGUGGAUCAUCCUCAACACGACUUGCUGGGAUUUCUGCUGGAAGAGAAGUCCGCCGGCGAUGGUCAACUAGGGAAAAAAUUUUCCGAUCAAGAGCUUAUCGACGAGUGCAAGACGUUCUUCUUCGCCGGCCACGAAACCACGGCGUUGGCACUGACGUGGACCUUAUUUCUGUUGGCCUUGCACCCAGAAUGGCAAAACCAGCUGAGAGAAGAAAUCAAACAAGUAGUUGGAGAUAGGCCCUUGGAUCCCACAAUGGUUGCUCAACUAAAGAAAAUGGGUUGGGUUAUGAACGAGGUUUUACGGUUAUACCCAGCGGGACCCAACAGCCAGAGGCAAGCAAGAGAAGACAUUCGAGUUGGGAAUUUUGUCAUCCCCAACGGAACCAACAUGUGGAUCGACAUAGUGGGAAUGAACCAUGAUCCAGUUCUUUGGGGAGACGACGUGAACGAGUUCAGACCAGAGAGGUUUAAGGGAGACAUAAAUGGGGGAUGCAAGUACAAAAUGGGGUUCGUGCCUUUUGGGUUUGGAGGGAGAAUGUGUGUGGGCAGGAACUUGGCCAUGAUGGAAUACAAGAUUGUUCUGACCCUCAUCCUUACUAGUUUUUCUUUCUCCCUCUCUCCUACCUAUCAUCACUCUCCUACCAUUAUGCUCUCUCUUAGACCUGCCCAUGGAUUGCCACUUAUACUUGAGCAACUCGUAUGAGAGAAUAUAUAGCUUAGAUAUGGGGCGGAUGUCUAUGUAAUAAUUAACUUGGUUCAUAUAGAAUGUCCCCCAGCUGGUUCAGUUGGUGAUGGCAAAGGGUGUAGUUACCUAGUACAAUAAAACAUCUUAUAGAAAUCAGUCUAAA